AGGUUUGUCUUUGACAGUUGUCUUUGAUCAACAUAACCUAAAAAUGGCAGACUGAAAUUGAUUUAUAUUUAUAAAAUCAAUUUUAAAAGCAAACAUGAGUGUGUUUAUCAAAUAUAAUAAACCGGGUAGUCUCGGUACUAUAUUCAACGUGCAAGUAUUAUGGCGGUUUAACUCGACAACAGCGGAAACGUCGAGAAAGGAAGACGAUGAAGAAUUCCGUGUACUCGAUAUCUUGAAGAAAAGAGAUCGACAGCAAAAAAGAACACCUCGAAAAGCUGACGUACAACCUGAUCGUGCGGACAGAAUGUCCACUGACCAGAAUUGGAGCAACGUCUGGCCGGGGCCUAAAACCUUCCAUCCUUCAUCUGUACCAUUGCCACUCCGACAAGGCUAUGUACCCAAAGGUCAGGCACCACCAGGCAAGAAAGCCAAUGCUGAGCUAAUGAAGAUACCCAACUUCCUGCAUCUAACUCCACCAGCGAUCAAAACACAAUGCGAAGCUAUCAAGAAGUAUUGUACAGAAUGGCCAAAGUUACUCAAUUCCGAAGAAGCUAUAGACAAACAUUAUCCUAUUGAAGUGAUUUCUUCAGACUACUGUCACGCUAGCCCUACAAUACGCAAUCCUUUAGCCAGAGUUGUGAAUUUACGAGUGAAAUUGUCAACUUUGAACUUAGAUAACCAUGCUAAGGAUAAAUUUCUAAGAUUAGUAGGCGAUUGUUACGAUGAGAAGACAGAUUUUGUCAUUUUCGUAGCAGAUAGAUGUCCGAUGAGGAAACAGAAUUUGGAUUAUGUGAAUUAUUUACUCACCGCAUGCUAUCAUGAGUCUUGGAAUACCGAAGAAUGGGAGAAAGAGAAAUGCGAAGAAGAUAUGGAAUAUUAUGAUUGGGAUAAUAAUGCGUCUAAGAAGAGUUUAGUAAAUUGGCAUUUAGGUUGUAAUAAUGAACAAAUAAGUCUUACAGAUGAGGAAUAUAAGAAUUAUGAUAUAACGAAGGUUCCGAAUGCAAAUACUUAUAAAACAGCAGUCUCCAGUUUGAUGAAUGAUGGAGAAAGUGAAGAUACAGUUAAGAAUUAUGGCUCAGCUGUAAGAAAACUGCUCGGUUUACCAGAAAAGUUUACACAAUGUUAAUAAUUUAUAAUAAAUGUAGUUUGUAUAUAGUU